UGGUGGGCUACAGUUUGCCGGUGUCGAAGAGAACGAGGCCGAGGCGAGCAAUGGCUGGAGAGGAGCAUUUGGAGCAGAGGAAGAAGAAGAAGAAGAAGAACAGGGUGUAUUCCGCCAGUGACAACGUUCGACGUCUGGUUUCCAGCGAAGGAUUUGGUGAUAGAGGUUGAACACAAAGAUGCCUUUCCUUCAACGCUUGAGCGAGUGGAUCUGUGUCUUCGCGGUGAUCAUCAGCUCAUACUCGAUGAACAAAUUGGAUUUAGAUGCAAAUAUUGUUCAUAUGUUAAAUUGGAAAUCAAAGAUAUUGUACCUUCUUUUGAUACAAAUCCAUAUGGAAAGUCACAAAAGAGGGAAUCUGGCUCAUUUGAGCAUGUUAAAUUUGAUGACCUUCCACAAGAUUUUGAUUGUGACCCCCAUGACAGAUCUGAUUCACGAUCGCAUGUUGGACGCACAGUCUGGGAUAUCAUUCCCGGUAUAAAGAACAGCAUGUACCCACAUCAGCUUGAAGGCUUUGAAUUCAUUUGGAAAAAUAUAGCCGGAGGAAUUGAUCUUGAUGAGUUAAAAGAAAGAAAGAGCUUAAACCAUGGGAAUGGAUGCAUUGUAUCACAUGCUCCUGGAACAGGAAAAACUCGUCUAACAAUUGUUUUCCUUCAGACAUACAUGGAAUUAAAUCCAACAUGCCGGCCUAUGAUCAUUGCACCUAGCAGCAUGCUCCUUACCUGGGAAGAGGAGUUUUUGAAAUGGAAGGUUGGCAUUCCCUUUCAUAACUUGAAUAAGCGAGAUGUCUCUUUCGAGGAGAAUAUUUCAGCUCUCGAGUUCUUGAUUCAAGCUUCACCAUCAGGACAAAGUGUGGACAAUGUACGGCUUGUAAAACUGUUUUCCUGGAAAAAGGAGAAAAGCAUCUUGGGAGUUAGUUACAGAUUGUUCGAGAGACUGGCCGGAGUUCGAAAGAUUUCUAAAUGUGACAAAGUAAGGAAGGUUCUUCUCGAGAUUCCGGAUCUUGUGAUCUUUGAUGAAGGCCACAUACCAUGCAACGACGAUAGUCUUAUUUGGAUGGCCUUGUCUAAAAUUAAAACGGAAAGGCGCAUCAUCCUCUCUGGAACUCCAUUCCAGAAUAAUUUUACUGAAUUUUACAAUACACUAAGGUUGGUGAGGCCAAAUUUUGAAGACAUAUAAGUAAUUCUGGAGGAGAUGAAUGCCUAGAUAAGAAGCGUGGAUGCUCAAAAAAUGUCUCAAAAGGAAAUGGGACCUUUUGAUUAGUUCCAUUGGAAGAACUUCUGAAGACUUACUGGAAAGUGCUGAAUUGAAACAAAUCAGAGCCAUGAUCAAUCCAUUCGUGCAUGUAUACAGGGGCAACAUAUUACAAGAGAAACUUCCAGGGAUGAGGAAGUCUAUACUUAUAUUACAGCCCGCAGAGCUGCAGAAGAGUUUUCUUGAGAGCAUUCAAGCAAGGAAGAAUUCUUUUGAAGUGGAAUAUGCUGAGUCCUUGAUCUCCGUACACCCUUCCCUGAUACUGAAGUGUGAUAAAGAAUAUUGUGGAGUUGACAAGGCUAUGUUAGAGAGGGUUAGAUUGAAUCCUGAACUAGGAGUGAAAGUAAAGCUUCUCCUCGAAAUUAUACGUCUAAGUGAAUCUUUGAACGAAAAAGUCUUGGUUUUCAGCCAAUACAUAGAACCAUUGUCCUUCAUAAAAGACCAUCUUAAGUUUCGGUUUAAAUGGACUCAAGGGGUAGAGUUGUUUCAUAUGGAUGGAAAACGCGAGAUAAAGAAACGACAGGCAUUGAUAAAUACAUUUAACGACCCAACGAGUGAAGUUCGAGUAUUGCUUGCAUCUACAAGGGCUUGCUCAGAAGGUAUAAACCUUGUUGGUGCUUCAAGGGUGGUUUUACUUGAUGUUGUAUGGAAUCCCUCAGUGGAAAGGCAAGCCAUAUGCCGUGCAUAUAGACUGGGGCAGAAAAGAGUUGUUUAUGUCUAUCAUCUCAUUACUUCUGGGACAAGGGAAGAAGAGAAGUACAGCCGACAAGUGAAAAAAGAUCGAUUGUCCGAGUUGGUUUUCUGUCCUGAAAAGAGCUGCAAUGAAGUAAAAGUAUCAUCCACAGAUCUGGGUGACAGAGUUUUGGAAGCAGUACUCCAACAUGGAAGGCUUUAAGAAUAUAUUCCAAAAGAUUUACCAGUCAAAGGAGUCCAGCAUGAAUGAGAACUGAUUUUUGUGGCAUUGCGACGAUGCACCAGUACCGCGGUAAGGAAUCGGUAACGUGCAUUUCAUAUUUAAUGGAGGUAAAUGCCACUUUUUGACAUGUCUUUUUUGGAGUGCUUAAUUCUUUUGAAGCAGGCAUUCAAAUAUUGUGUAAAUUGGUUGUUCACACUGCUCAAAAUGUAGAGGUAUAUAGGAGCUAUAGUUUCAUUUGGAUAGCUAACCCAAAAGAAGCUACAAAAUAUUGGAAACCCUUUUUGUUAGAACAUCAAUAUACAUACAAGUUUAG